GACGGCCUCGCCGCCGUCGUUCCGCGUUCACCGCCGACAUAGCUUCGCCUCGGCCAGCCCGCGACGUUUCUCGGCAUGCGGGCCGAGUUCACACUGCUCCCACCCGAGCUUGUCGGGCUGGUGCUCUCGCACUGCACCGACGAGGCGCUCGAGGCUCUUGCGUGCGUCUCCUCCACGCUCGGUCCGGCCGUGCGCGAUAAUUGGCUCAAGCGUCUCAAGGAGCGGUACCCGCACUCUCCGUGGGAGCGCGUGUGCCCGGACGAGGCUCGCCGCCUGUGUCGCGGCAUGGAGACCCUCCGUUCGCCGCGUUGGGUCCGCACGCCCGCAGAUGGCCUCCCGCCGGCCGACCGCGGCGGCCAGGCAUCCGUCGCCGUCGACACCGGCGCGGGCCGCGCGAUCGUCGUCCACGGGGGCGCCAACGGGAACGUCUUCCACUCGGACUCGUACGCGCUGAUCGCGGGCGCCGUCUCCGACGAGGCGGGCGGCGACUCGCAGCGGCAGCAGAGGCGGGGGGUCGGUUGCAUGCGGCGGCCGCUGCGGUGGGUUGCCCUCGAGGGGAAGGGGUGCCCCUCUCCGAGGUGGGCACACUCCGCCGGCGCGGCCGGGACGACGGUCGCGCUGUACGGCGGCAACUGCGGCGCGGACGGCGCUCUCUCCGACUUGUCUGUGCUCGACUGCUCUGCCGGCGAGCCGGAGGCGUGGCGCUGGCUGCCGGCGGGGUCGCUGCUCGAGAAGGGCGACCGGCCCGGCCGCCGGCACAGCCACGCGGCCUGCGGCGCGCCCGGCUCCGACGUGCUCUGGCUCUUUGGGGGCAUCGUCCCGCUGGAGGAGGAGGCGGCGGCGCAGCCCUUCGGCCCCGCCCUCGCCAUGGACGCGUCCAACGACCUCUUCGCCGCAGCUGCUGGAGGGCUGGCGCGCGGUGCUCCGUGCGCCGCUCUGGCGUGGCAGCACGUGUCGACGGGCGGCACUCCGCCGUGCGCGCGCGCCUUCCACGCGUCGGUGAGCGUCGGCCCGUGGCUGCUCGUGCUCGGGGGGGAGGCGGCCCCGUCGACCGAGGCGGGCCUCUUCCACUACCUCUCGGACGUGCACGCCCUCCGCCUCCCUCCGAUUCCCUCGCCGGGCGCGGCGGCGAUGGCGCUGGCAGCUCCCCCUGACCGAGGGAGAGGAUGCGCCGCCUGCUCCGCGCGUGCCGCCGGCGGAGUGGCGACGUGCACCGCCUCGUGCCCCGCGGCGCCGCCGUCCUCGCUCGCUUCGCUCGCUGACGCGGACCUCUCCGAUUUGCACACGUUUGAGCUCGCCUGA